UCUCUCUCUCUCUCUCUCCAUGGGUGCUACUCAAAAUUUUUCUUCUCUUAGCUGUGAAUUGAGAGUUUUAAGAGCUAAAAAUACAGAGUUGAAGUCCACAGGACACUUGUUUGUUAGGUGUUAUCUCUCUGCAGGAAAAAAGAGUAGAGUUCAACUAAACAGCAGAGAAAUAUCAUCCAAUUCCGACCUCUCUUGGGACGAGUUAUUCUCCUUAGACUGUUUCGGAACCAAAGACUCCAUGAACAUGCUCAUGAAAGGAAGCGUUGUCUUUGAGCUUCGCUGGAGAAACACAGCACCACUUUUUGGAAGAAUUGGAGGGUCACAGAUAUUGGGUAGAGCUGAGAUUCCAUGGAAAAGCGUUUCCGAAGCUCCGGAAAUGGAAAUCGAGAAGUGGGUGACAAUGGUUUCAAAGCGUAGGAAUGUCCAUGAAGGUUUCAAGCCACCUGCUGUGAAGAUAGCCAUGAAAGUACGAGUAUUAGCAAUAGAAGAGACAGUGAGGAGGAAGACAUACAGUAGGUUGACGAAGUGGGAUGAGUGUGAGUGCAUGGAAAGUUGUUGCAACUUUGUAGAUUAUGACAUUUUUGCACUAUGAGCUGCUUUUGAAUCGUUGCAGACAAGUGGGAAAUCACUAAGGAUCUCUGGGGUUGGUUGGCUUUAUUAGUAGCAGUACUUUAGGGUUUAUCCACUAACAGAAAAUUUUUGACACUUUUAUGAAUGUAAAUGAUGAGCAACGGAGAAAGCAGUCUGUACAGUCCUUUCCUGGAGUUUAUUAUUUUGGAGAUUGAGUGAGGCCUUCGGUGAAUGUAAUUUU